AUGGAUUAUCGUUCAAUUUUACGAAUCAUCUCCUUGAAUCUUUUAUUUUCCUUAAUUAAUAAAUUCGUGGUCGCAACAUAUUUCGUUACUACCCCGAUCCUUAUUGAUAAGAAGAUAUACGCAAUAGGAGAAACUUUAGCAAAAAGAUUUAUUAGCAUUGAUGUAUCAACACUCUCGAAUUUUACAAGUACACUCGAAUACAUAUCUUUAAGCAGGUCGGAAAUUAAUAGCAUAUUAAAUCCGAGAAGUGCAGGAUGGAAGGACUUUAUCAUCAUUUAUGGAACAAAAGAUUAUUUAGAAGACCCGUAUAUACUGAAAUAUAAUGUAACGAGUCAAGCCUUGACUAAAGAUGUGAGCGUGGGACCAAAAUUCAAUGCCCUUAUAGAAGAACCAUUCAUUGGACCUGAUGAUAAAGGGAACAUUUAUAUAUAUAAUGAAAAUAAUAUUUUUUAUAUCUUUAAUUUAGAAACAUUCAAAUGGGAUACAAAAGAAACAAAGAUCGAUAAAAUCUUUCCGGAUAAAGUUCUUAUAAUGUAUAAACGAUAUACGGCUACAAUAUUGCCUAAUGGUAUCAUCGUAUUUCUUGGAGGUGUAUUAUCAUUUAAACCUGUUCCCAUGAAUAAAAUCAUUCUUUAUGAUACGAUAAAUGGAAGUUGGUCGACGAUAGAUGUCGAUGGUGACUUUGUUGGAUCACGAGAAUUACAUUCGGCAUGUUUAACUUCUGAUGGACGCAUAAUUGUUUAUGGCGGAAAACUUGAAUUUCAAUCUGUUGAACCUGAUUUGGCCGUGUUGGAUACUUCCGUUACUCCUUAUAAAUGGACUGUUCCUUAUGUUAUAAAUCCAAUUGGCCAAAUAAUUCAACAUAUAACCGUCAUGGUCGAUGAAUUCAUGGAACAACAACAUCUAAUCAAAAUAUAUUCAUGUUAG